AUGGGGCCUAACGAAUGUGCAAAGGAAUUUUAUAAAUUGGUAGACGAGGCAAGCCAAGAACUAUACCCCGGGUGUAAAGGAUUCACAAGAUUAUCCUUUACCAUUCGUCUUUACUUGUUAAAAUGCUUGCAUGGUUGGAGUAAUGCGUCAUUUGCUUCUCUCUUGGAAUUAUUGAAAGAAGCAAUGCCAUAUUUGAAUAUUCCUAUUUCUUUUGAUAAAACCAAGAAUAUGGUGAAGAACUUGGGUCUUGACUACCAAAAGAUCGAUGCAUGUUGCAAUGACUGCAUGUUGUAUCGGAACGGGUAUGAGAAUGACUCAUCUUGUCAUGUCUGUGGAACAUCCCGUUAUAUUGAGCAUCAUGAAGAAGAGGAUGAUGUUACCUCAUCUAGAAAGCCUCGCAAAGUUGCUGCGAAUACUCUAAGGCAUUUCCUUUUGAUUCCCAGACUUCAACGACUUUUUAUGUGCACAAGAACUGUCGAAGCUAUGUCUUGGCAUCACAAUGAGUGCGUUAAAGACGGGUCCUUAAGGCAUCCUGCCGAUGGUGAAUAUUGGAAAGCAUUUGAUAAUCAACAUGAAGAUUUUGCAAAGGAGCCUCAUAAUGUGAGACUUGGGUUAGCAAGCGACGGAUUCAAUCCAUUCCGAACUUUGAGCAAUACACACAGUACAUGGCUUGUUGUUCUGAUGGUGUAUAAUCUACCCCCUUGGAUGAGCAUGAAGCCUGAUUAUUUUAUGCUAUCUUUACUCAUUUCUGGACCACAAUCACUGGGAAAUGACAUUGAUGUCUAUCUUCAACCGUUGAUUGAAGAAUUAAAAGAAUUAUGGGAGUCAGGUGUCGAAACAUAUGAUUCGAAAGAAAACAAAACAUUCAAUAUGAGAGCGUGCCUUUUGUGGACAAUUAAUGACUUCCCUGCGUAUGCUAUGUUAUCUGGGUGGAGUACAAAGGGAAAAUUGGCUUGUCCAUGUUGUAAUGAUGAGACUUCUUCUAUCUAUGUGAAACAUAGUCACAAGACUGUUUAUAUGGAUCACCGAAGGUUUUUACCCAUGAAUCAUCCAUGGAGGCAUAACAAAAGAUCUUUCAAUGGAAAAACUGAACUCAGGUCUCCACCGCAGUUGUUAGAAAGUUCAACUGUAUUUGAUAUAUUGCGAGAGGUAGAUAAUUCUUUUGGGAAGAAGCAAAAGAGAUCAAAGAAUGGCAUAUCAAAUUGGAAAAAACGGUCAAUCUUGUUUGAGUUACCAUAUUGGAAGUCCAACAUGUUUAGACACAACCUUGAUGUCAUGCACAUAGAGAAGAAUAUAGUUGAUAUCAUAAUUGGAACUCUUUUAGAUAUUCCCAGAAAGAUGAAAGAUCAUGCAGCUGCUCGUUUUGACCUUAAAGACAUGGGUAUCAGGAAAAACUUUCAACCAAAAGAUACGAAGGAUGGAAAAAAAACUAAGUUAGCAAAGGCAUGCUUUUCAAUGACUCCAGCAGAGAAAACAAUCUUUUGUAGUGUGUUGAAAGUGGCAAAAUUACCAAACGGUAGCGCUUCCAAUAUUGCUCGAUGUGUGCAUGAAACAGAAAAGAAGAUUUCUGGUUACAAGACCCAUGAUGCUCAUUUCAUGUUGCAUUACUUGUUGCAAGUACCAAUAAAGAGCAUACUUCCUGACCAUGUUGUCAUCGCUCUAGUUCGAUUAUGUUCAUUUUUUCGUCGAAUAUAUCAGAAAGUAAUUAGCCUGGAUGAGGUAGUUAACUUAGAAGCAGAGAUUGCUGAGACAUUGUGCCAAUUGGAGAGGAUUUUCCCUCCUAGCUUUUUUGACAUAAUGGUGCACUUGCCUAUUCAUUUGGCAAAUGAGAUGAGGUUAGGUGGUCCAGUUCAAUAUCGUUGGAUGUACCCUGUUGAACGGUAUAUGUGCACACUAAAAUCGUAUGUUCGUAAUAGAAGUCGUCCAGAAGGAUCUAUUGCCGAAGGAUAUUUGGCGAAUAAGUGUAUUAAUUUUUGCUCAAGAUAUUUGUAUGAAGAUGUUCAUACAAGAUUUAAUAGAAUCCCUCAGAACAACAAUGAGUGUGUUUCAGAUGAGGUACGAACUCCUAGUUUGUUUCCAAGCAAAGGAUGUCCUCUUGGUGGAAGAAUGGGAGAUUUGUUUAUUUUAGAUGAAAAAUCAGAAAUACAAGGUCAUGCAUACAUCCUAAACAAAUGUGAUAAGAUCGAAGUCUACAUGAGGUAUUUUCUUCGAUUCAUUAUCAUUUGUUAG